AUGGCCGCCUCGAAGCCCGUGGAGGCGGCGGGGAGCGGCGGCGGUGGGGGCGGCUCGGGGUUGUCACGCUGGCAGUUGGCGUUGGUGCUGGGGGCGCCGAUUCUCCUGGGCGCCGGCGCGCUCUACCUGUGGGGGAGGCGGACAGCCCGCCGCGGCGGCAAGGGCGCGAAUGAGCGGAAGACCCCCGAGGGUCGGGCGAGCCCCGGACCCUGCGGCAGCGGCCAGCCCGAUGGGCCCGGCCAUGAGGAGAUGAGCCCUCUGGAUAGAGCCCAAGCAGCCAAGAACAAAGGAAACAAGUACUUUAAAGCAGGAAAGUAUGAGCAAGCUAUUCAGUGUUACACUGAGGCCAUCAGCCUGUGCCCUCCUGAGAAGAACCUUGAUCUUUCUACCUUCUAUCAAAAUAGAGCUGCUGCCUAUGAACAAUUGCAAAAAUGGGCAGAAGUGGCACAAGACUGCACAAAGGCUGUCGAGCUGAAUCCUAAAUAUGUAAAAGCUCUAUUCAGACGUGCAAAGGCUCAUGAAAAGCUAGACAAUAAGAAGGAAUGUUUAGAAGAUGUCACUGCAGUCUGCAUUUUAGAAGCCUUCCAAAACCAGCAAAGUAUGUUAUUAGCUGAUAAAGUUCUUAAACUCCUUGGAAAAGAAAAGGCCAAAGAGAAGUAUAAGAAUCGUGAGCCUCUGAUGCCCUCACCACAGUUCAUUAAAUCCUACUUCAGUUCUUUCACAGAUGAUAUAAUCUCCCAACCUUUGCUUAAGGGUGAGAAAUCAGAUGAAGACAAGGAUAAGGAAGGAGAGGCUUCUGAAGUAAAAGAGAACUCUGGCUAUUUGAGAGCAAAACAAUAUAUGGAAGAAGAGAAUUAUGACAAAAUUAUCAGUGAAAGCACUAAAGAAAUUGAAGCAAAGGGAAAGUACAUGGCAGAAGCUUUGCUUCUACGAGCUACUUUCUACCUGCUUAUUGGCAAUGCAAAUGCUGCCAAACCAGACCUCGAUCAGGUCAUCAGCAUGGAAGAUGCAAAUGUGAAGCUCCGAGCUAAUGCUCUGAUCAAACGAGGCAGUAUGCACAUGCAGCAGCAGCAGCCGUUGCUGUCCACUCAGGACUUUAACAUGGCUGCUGACAUUGAUCCUCAGAAUGCAGAUGUUUACCACCAUCGAGGACAACUGAAAAUCUUGCUUGACCAAAUUGAAGAGGCUGUGGAAGACUUCGAUGAAUGCAUCCGAUUGCGACCCGAUUCUGCCUUGGCUCAAGCACAGAAAUGUUUUGCUCUGUAUCGCCAAGCUUAUACAGGAAAUAAUCCUUUGCCUGUGCAAGUAGCCAUGAAAGGUUUUGAAGAUGUCAUUAAAAAAUUUCCAAAGUGUGCUGAAGGCUACGCACUCUAUGCUCAGGCACUAACUGAUCAACAGCAGUUUGGCAAGGCUGAUGAGAUGUAUGAUAAAUGCAUUGACCUUGAGCCAGACAAUGCAACUACAUAUGUUCAUAAAGGUUUACUUCAGCUCCAGUGGAAGCAAGAUUUAGACAAAGGAUUAGAACUCAUAAGCAAGGCCAUUGAAAUUGAUAACAAAUGUGAUUUUGCAUAUGAAACCAUGGGAACGAUUGAAGUGCAAAGAGGUAAUCUGGAUAAAGCCAUCGAAAUGUUCAACAAAGCGAUCAACCUGGCCAAAUCUGAAAUGGAGAUGGCCCACCUCUACUCCCUCUGUGAUGCUGCCUAUGCCCAGACAGAAGUCGCAAAGAAGUAUGGAUUGAAACCACCAACACUGUAAAGCAAGGAGGAGGAAGUGACAUUCUAAAGUGAAGUUGCCCACUUCAGCCAGCCCUAAAGACGCUGUUGCAGACCAUGCUGAAUGGUGGAACUUAGUUUUUUCCUAUUCGUGGUGUUGUCAUUUGCUACAUCUGUUCAAUGUUUAGGUGUUGUGGGAGUGGUUGUUCAAGGAAGUAAUGCAGUGCUGCAUCUUGUUCCCUCUGCAGCAGAAACCUUAAAGUGUGAUAAGGGAAAUAAAGCUGCAGGGGAACAAAAACAAAAGAAUUUUGGCCAUGCAAAUAAAAACUUCACAGUGCUUCAUUUUGGGGUGAUUAUGUUGUGGGCGAUUUUUGCUUUAUCAAUUAAUAUUACAGCAU